AUGUCGUUUAUUAGCGUCCGUUUUUGUUGCAGUCAGCGUAAACCUUAUGGCUAUUCUCGUGCAGCCUAUGCUGUCUCUCUUAUUCUCCUCCUUCUCUUCACUUCCGCGACAAUAACUGGAGUAGGUUUUUUGUACGCGGGGCAAGCCAAGUUCCAGAAUAGUAUAGUUAACAUACUGAGCUACAUCCUGCAUCAGGCCGACACAGUGGUAGUAAAUCUACAGAACUUACUCAGUAAUCUGGAGGCAGCGAAGAGUGUUGGUGUGGGGCAGAUUACAUUACCAGAUGAAAUCAAAGGUGAAAUUGAUACCAUGGCAAUAACCAUCAAUCAACUUGCUGAUACUUUUCACAAUGUUACAGGAAAGAACUCACAUGACAUACGCAAUUUUCUCGACCCCUUGAGGCUUGCUGUUAUAUAUGUAGCUGCUGCAGUUCUUGUUUUGGCAUUUCUGGGAUUCUUGUUCUCCAUUCUUGGAAAGAAAUGGGUUGUUUACUGCUUAGUGAUCGCAGGAUGGAUUCUGGUGGCUGGAACAUUUAUAAUUAGUGGCAUGUUUCUCCUUGUUCAUAAUGUUGUUGCAGAUACAUGUGUAGCGAUGGAUGAGUGGCAUCAAAACCCGAACGCAAAUUCUGCGUUGGAGGAGAUCAUUCCUAGAGUAGAUAACACUACUGCUCAAGACAUUUCCAAAGUUACCAAAGGAGUCACCUUCUCACUCCUUAGCGUCGUUAACUACGCCAUAACGAAUGUCUCCAAUGCCAACAACCUUCCACUCGAGGCCAAACCGUUAUAUUUUAACCAAUCGGGAAUAUUGAUGCCAACUUACUGCAAUCCGUAUAAUCCUGAUUUUACAGAUCGGAAAUGUGAACCUGGCGAAGUAAACUUCACCAAUGCAUCACAGGUAUGGAAGAAGUAUAUUUGUGAUGUUUCCUCAUCCGAUAUAUGUAUCACGACUGGACGACUGACCCCAGACCGUUAUACACAACUGACGAGCUCAGUAAAUGUAAGCUAUGGUUUGUAUACAGGGAUGCCAUUUGUUGUGGAGUUGAUAGACUCCACUUUUCUUACAGAGACAUUUACAGAUAUUAGUGAGAACAAUUGUCCCGGAUUGAGGAAGUAUACGAAAUGGGUGUAUGUUGGUUUCAUUACUUCCUCUGCUGCUCUAAUGUUUUCCUUGAUCUUUUGGGUAGUAUAUGUCCGUGAAAGAAGGCAUCGUGCCUACACCAAAAGAGUCGACCGCCAGCCUGAAGAGGAGGCAUCCUAUAUACAAGGAUGAUCAGUCUGAAAUUUCCUUGCAUCACACAAUUUUCUGUUGUAAUCUAAAAAUGUUAGUGUGAUCCCCUAUCGUGUAACUUUCCUGUGUGUGAUUCAACAAAUGCCAUCCAUUAAUCCCUAAGGUAGUUAAAGGAGAUUUAUGUAUUUUUUUUAUAGUGAUCUUUAAAACUGUGAUCAAGUCACCCUCUAGAAACAGAUAUCCAUUCUUUUUUACAUGUGAU